GCCUGUUACAGACCACUGACAAUACGGUCAGCUUGAUAAGCAUGCCACUAUCACCGUGUUGUCGCAGAAAAUGUCGAUUUAUUAAAUAUUUGCUGCGACUUUAGUCAGUUGUAUAUCAGCUCGGGCAUUGACAAUAACAGGCGUGACGUCACGCACGCGCAGAGCCGAGCGUGAGAGAGAGCGAGAGAGAGAGAGAAGAGCGCGAGCGCACAGGGACUGUAGAGACAGAGCUGCGCGGCAGCCAUCUUACAGCUUUUACUGUCACCCGGGCUACAUCUCCUGGAUAUUUCUUUAACAAAGGCGACGUGUACGAGGAGGAAGCGGCUCUUUUUCAGCUUCUUUUUGGUCAUUUGAAGCAAAACUGCGGGAUGAGGAACGGCAGGUCCAAGCCUGUCUGCUCAACGGGCGGACUGCUGCUGCUGCUGCUGCUCGGACUGUUAUGCGAGGUGGAGGCAGCCAAAGUCAACAAACAUAAGCCAUGGAUUGAGACGACGUAUCACGGCAUCGUGACAGAAAAUGAUGACAAAGUUCUGCUGGACCCUCCACUGAUAGCACUGGAUAAAGAUGCCCCGUUGCGUUAUGCAGAAAGUUUUGAAGUGACCUUCACCAAAGAAGGGGAGAUUUGCGGCUUCCGUAUUCAUGGCCAGAAUGUUCCGUUUGAGGCGGUGAUGUUGGACAAGUCCACAGGCGAAGGAGUGAUCCGGGCCAAGGACAAGCUGGACUGUGAGCUCCAGAAGGAGCACACAUUCACCAUCCAGGCCUAUGACUGUGGAGAGGGACCCGACGGAGCCAACAUGAAGAAAUCUCACAAGGCAACCGUUCAUAUCCAAGUGAACGACAUGAAUGAGUACUCACCCGUGUUCAAGGAGAAGUCGUACAAGGCUACGGUCAUCGAGGGCAAAGCAUACGACAGCAUCCUGAAGGUGGAUGCAGUGGAUGCUGACUGUUCCUUCCAGUUCAGUCAGAUUUGCAGCUAUGAGAUCGUCACCCCUGAUGUGCCCUUCACCAUUGACAAGGACGGCAACAUCAAGAACACUGAGAAGCUGAACUACAGUAAGGAGCGUGCGUACAAGUUGACAGUGACCGCUUUCGACUGUGGGAAGAACCGUGCCUCAGAGGACGUCCUCGUCAAAAUCAACGUCAAACCAACCUGCAAACCAAGCUGGCAGGGCUUUAAUAAGAGAAUUGAGUACGAGCCUGGCACAGGAAGCCUAGCGCUGUUCCCUAGCAUUCGUCUGGAGACCUGCGAGGAACCGAUCACCUCCAUCCAGGCCAGCAUCGAGCUGGAGACCAACCACAUCGGCAAGGGUUGUGACCGAGACACGUACUCUGAGAAAUCCCUGCACCGUCUGUGUGGUGCCAGUUCCGGCACCGUGGAGCUGCUGCCCUCUCCCAGCAGUGCCACCAACUGGACCGCAGGCCUGCCCACUGACAACGGCCACGACAGCGAUCAGGUCUUUGAGUUCAAUGGCACUCAGGCUGUGAAGGUUCCUGAAGGUAUGGUGAGCACAAGCCUGAAGGAACCCUUCACCAUCUCAGUGUGGAUGAGGCACGGACCCGGUAGCCGGGAGAAAGAAACCAUCCUCUGCAACUCUGAUAAGACGGAGAUGAACAGACACCACUACUCCCUGUAUGUGCACAACUGCCGUCUAGUGCUGCUCCUGCGCCAGGACCCGAGCGAGGCAGAGAACUACAAACCAGCAGAGUUCCACUGGAAACUCGACCAAGUCUGUGAUAAAGAAUGGCACCACUAUGUGCUUAACAUCGAGUUCCCUGCCGUGUCUCUGUUUGUUGAUGGAGCUUCCUUCGAGCCUUUCCUGGUCACAGAGGAUUACCCUCUCCACGCCUCCAAGAUUGAAACUCAGCUCACUAUUGGUGCCUGCUGGCAAGACUUCUCAGGACAUGACAAUGACACAGAGACAGGCUCAGAGCCUUUGACAGGUGGCAGCGCUCACAUGGCCCAGUACUUCCGGGGCAAUUUAGCUGGCCUCAUGAUCCGCACUGGGAAGCUGGAGAAUAAGAAGGUGAUCGACUGCCUGUACACGUGUAAGGAGGGUCUGGACGUGCAGCUCCCAGAGGAAGUGGCUUCUGCUGUGAAGGUGGACUUUAACCCCAAUCAGUCAUCUCUAUCUCUGGAGGGAGAUGAUAUCGAGAGCUUUGAGAAGGUCAUGCAGCACAUCUCCUACCUGAACUCCAGGCAGUUCCCCACACCAGGAAUACGCCACCUGUGUCUCACCACCACCGUCAAGUGCUUUAACGAGGAGACGUGCAUCUCGGUGCCUGAUGCAGAAGGCUAUGUGAUGGUCCUUCAGCCAGAGGAGCCAAAGAUCAGCCUGAGUGGAAUCGACCACUUUGCACGUGGAGCAGCUGAGUUUGAGAGCACCGAGGGUGUGACGCUGUUCCCCGAACUACGUGUUGUCAGCACUAUCACACGUGAGGUGGAGGCCGAGGCCGAAGGAGAGGACGAGCCCACGGUGCAAGAAUCUGUGGUUUCUGAGGAGAUCAUGCAUAACCUGGACACGUGUGAAGUGACUGUAGUUGGAGAAGAUCUGGAUGGAAACCACGAGAGUCUGGAGGUGGAUUUGGCCCAGGUUCAGCAGAGAGGCCUGGAGAUUAGCUCCUCCAACAUGGGCAUGGUCAUCACUGGUGUAAACACCAUGGCCAACUACGAGCAGGUCCUGCACCUCAUUCGUUACAGGAACUGGCACACGGAGGCUUUGUUUGAUAGGAAGUUCAAGCUGGUCUGCUCAGAACUCAAUGGCCGGUACAUCAGCAAUGACUUCAAGGUCGAGGUCAGUGUGAUUCACACAGCUAACCCAGUUGAGCAUGCUAAUAACGCCAUGUAUCAGCCUCAGUUUAUCAACCAAGUCAAGCACGCCUCUGUGGACCUGUCUGGACACAACCUGGCCAACACACAUCAAGCUUCAGUUGUCCCCAGUGCUGCCACGAUCGUCAUCGUGGUGUGUGUAAGCUUCCUGGUGUUUAUGAUAAUUCUGGGCGUAUUCAGGAUCCGUGCUGCUCACCAGCGCACCAUGAGGGACCAGGAGAACGGCAAAGAGAACGAGAUGGACUGGGACGACUCUGCCCUCACCAUCACAGUCAACCCUAUGGAGACUUAUGAGGAUCAGCACAGCAGCGAAGAGGAGGAGGAUGAGGAAGAGGAGAGUGAAGACGGCGAGGAGGAAGACGACAUCACCAGCGCAGAGUCCGAGAGCAGCGAGGACGAGGAAGGGGCGGAGCCCGAGGACCAGCAGGGCACCAGCCGACAGCAGCAGCUGGAAUGGGAUGACUCCACUCUGACCUACUGACGCUGCCGAGCACGCACACCACUCUGAUAACACAUACAAACACACACACACACACACACACACACACACACACACACACACACACACUCCACCCACCCACCCAUUCACUCACUGUCUCACAUCUCCAUCAGUGGGGACUCACAAUUUUCCUUGCCAGAUUCCCCACCUACGGAGCCAUGAGUAAAAACAAAAAAGUCCUUGAAGCAAAAUCCAUAUAUAUAAUUAUAUAUAUAAUAUAAUAUAUUAUAUAUAUAUAUAAUACAUAAUACAUACACACCUAUAAAUACAUAUAUAUCUAGUGUCUGUGGUGACGGAUGUUGCGGAAUCAGCUUAAGUUCCACUGGCCAAGGCUUCCCUGGUGUCAGCUUAGUGGUGAUGUUCAGUGUAGUAUAAUUAUCACAUAAUAGCUGAAUGCUAGAUAUGUUUUUAAUUUAUUUCUUUAUUAUUAUUAUUUUUUUUUUUUGUGGGAUACCUGGCCUAGAUUACAUUUUUUAUUAGCUCUGUAACGAUAUAUAGCCUUGCACAAUUUUCCUUGUUUUUACAUGUUAUGUCAUUAAAACCGAGAAUGAUUUUAUGUAUAUUGCACACAAAUUUUGGAAUUAGUUUGCUACAGAACUUUAAAGAGAAGUUUUGCCUCUUUGCUUUUGAUAAUAUUUCUUGCUCUUCUUGGUCCAUGUUUCUUUCUCCUCUUUAUAGUGCAUGAAAAUUUGCAAAGUCAUGCGUGUAGAAGAACCUUGCUUUUUGAUAUUUUGUAAAUAUAAUGAAACCAUGGUGUCCAGUAUCUAAAGUGUUGCAGUACCUGCUGUAGAAUACUUUUUUUGUGUGUGUGUGUGUGUUACAGAGGCUCUAGCAUGUUUCGGAAAAUUUGGCAAAGCUCUUCAAUCGUGCUUGUGCACUUUAGAGAGAGCAACCCAUGUCAGAGGCUGAGGUUUCUGUGGCAAAGUGUGGCUUAUUUUGUUUUGUCGUUUGGAGGUUGGUGUUUUGUUUUGUUUUUUUUAAAUUAUUAUUAUUUUUAUUUAACAGAGUGGGCAAGCAUGAAAUUGGCUAAUCUAGGCUUGCACAGGUGCAAAUGCUCCAACUUGAGGCAUUGUUGUUUUUCAUUUCUGUGAAGUCCACUAUUGGACAGAGGUUUAUACUUUGGACCCUCUGAAUAAUCACGUUCAGGUGAUGAUUAUACAUUUGUUUUAAUGGUACUGUAUGUUGUACAGUUUAGACAUUCUGCAUUGAAGCCAUCUUGGGAGUGGUUGUGGUACUUUUUCCUGUAACAUCUACUCUUGUUAUAACCCCUCCUGAUCAAGCCAGUCUGAUGUAACUUGGACAAACUGAGCCUCUGGAAUCUGGUGAUGGUUUAAGCUUCAUGACAUCUGUGCAGUGCCACGAUGGAUGAAAAUACUCCAAUCCUCUGAUACUCCAGUCGAUUGCAUAAAUGUUUUUUUGGGGAUAUUUAUUCUUUGGUGUAUAAUUCUGCUCGAUUUACUCCGUGUGAUUCACUGGCUGCUCGGUCAUUCCAGUCUCAGAAAAUAUUUUAUUGGAAUAUCCAGUUACACGAAUGCUUGAAGAAUUACGUUUUGAGAUAAUCGUCGACGGGUAUGUGGUACACCGUUAAGACUUCUUGUACAUGGAGGUGUGUUCUGGCAAACGCUAUACUCCAGGCAAUGGUUUUAAGACCUUUACAGGCUCGUCUGCAGGUCAUUCGUCCAUGUUAUUUUUGCUUAACGCAGUAGUCUGUUGCCUUCCAGCAUCUGUGUAAAGGGUCAGGCUCUGUGGCUUCAGCUAGAAGGCUUUGGUAAGCAAUGUUAAAUAUUUGCGCUAAGGAGAAUGUUAACGUGUAGAGAGAAUGGAUUUGGGCGAAGUGUUUGUUACUUUAUAUAGAUUGUAGUUUUCUUGAUUCUUGCAUGGACGUUUUCUGUUUACUGCUGAAAUCCAAAAGUUUUUCCUAUGUUUCUGUUGUUACUACUGCUGUCAAGAUUUGUCCAGUUUCUGUUUUUAUGGCUGGCUGUUAAGGACAAUUCGAAAUCUUCCAGAGUGCUUUGGAGUGUCCUAUAAUCUUCCCUGAAUUGGAAAUUUGCUAACUGAUUCCCCUCAGAAAAAGCUCAGACUUGAGCUGCAGUCCACGAUUUAUUUAGCGGAGUUGGGAGUGUCUUUCACCCAUCACUGCACAUUAACAUAACUAACACAGCCCUCGUCCACACCGUUCUAACUGGUGGUCACGUUCUUCUUUUGUAAUUACAUAACAUUAGGAUUGUACAGCUAUAGCAAAGUGAUUUUUGUUGUAAUCGGGGUCAACGGCUAGUUUUUAUCAGUUACGAUUGUUUUAACUGUCCUGCAUAGGUGUCCUGUGUUCAUGUCGAUGUGUAGAGAACGUAGAUCCAUAUUGUAUCAUGAAUAAAUAUCGUACUAAGUCACGUUUGAGGAAAUCCACCUCUAAAGAGAUGUAUAUAAUUGAAAUUCUUUAGGCAGUGUAUGUGGAUAAAUUAACAAUGUGUGAAUAGUGAAAGCUCAUUUUGAAGUUUAUUGCCUGAUUUCCUAACCCAAGACACAGGGCAGCACGAAAAUCACAAGAACCGGUUAAAUAUCCUUUUCACAGAUUUCUCACACAAACUUUGUCAGGAUCAGUCAGAAUAUUUUUCUUUUAUAUGAUCUUUUAUAUUUAGUACAACCACUUAUCUCUGUUUAUUUGUUUAGUCACUGGAUGAAAGCAGACCAUUCCAUGAUUGAAUUAAUGGAAAUUAUAGGGAAAUGGCUGUUAGGGUCAAUCUUUUCAGUAAUCAUUAAUCUACAGGUAGGACAGAACAAUGUGAUUCUUCUGAGCAGGUUUGUCAUUUUUUGCUCAUCAAUAAAUUUACAUUUACAUUCUGUUCCAUGUACCUAAGCAUCCACAUCCAGCCUAUAAAAACGAAAGGAGUGUGAGAGUAUGAGUGUUGAUCUCAUGUACUGAUCUCAGUGUCAGAUACUAAUAUGACACCUAUAGGCUUACUACUGAAUCACACCUUGCAAAUGACAUGGUCUAUUAUUAGAUUCCUUUUUUUUUUUUUUCUUUUAAAUGGAAGGUGAGGAAAGUUGAGAAAUGUUGGAUGCUGCCCUCAUGCUCAUUCACUUUUCUACAUUCAGUGGCAAAUUUUGGUGAAGUUGGUGCUUGCUCAUGAACAAAAUAAAGGAUGAUGAGAUGGAAUUAA